AUGUCGAAAAGGAAGGGCGAGAGAGACAAAGAAGAGGCAUAUAAGAAAGAAAGCGACCAGCCAUAUAGGGCGGCCGAGCCAGCCCAUCGGGGCGCAAUCUGGGGGAGGGCGCGGGACAGAGGCUCGCCCGAUGACAACAUGAUCUCCAGUCCAGUCCACAACGAUAUGGAUGUAAUAAUCCUUCCCCCGUUGCUCGGGCCCGAUCGGCCUGGGGGCGAACGCAAGACGAUUGGAGGACGCGCGCCUCCCCAGACCAACGCCGCCGCUGUCAAAAGCACCGACUGGUUCGGCCACGCGAGGCCAUCUCCAUCCCUGGGAAUAGGCCAGCCAUGCGCGGCAGAGCAGGCUCAGUCGGGUUGA